AUGCCAAAUUGUACUCUAACAGGAGAUUCUUUGGUGGAAGCAGUGGAUUAUACCAUCAAGACAAGAGAGCAGAUAACAAAGUUAUUUCACCACAACUUCCUUUGCGCCCAGGAAAGAAUGAAACAUUAUGCUGGCCUCAAACGAGUGGACAAGGAGUUCAAAUGUGGAGACCUAGUCUAUUUAAAAAUUAAGUCGUACAAGCAGCUUACUUUGGCAAACCAUGCUUUCCACAAAUUGGCAGCUAAGUACUAUGGGUCUUUCAAGGUGUUGGAGCGAAUAGGGAAGGUUGCUUACAAACUUGAGUUACCCACUGGAACAAAAAUACAUGAUGUGUUUCAUAAUGAGGAAGGGGAAGUUCAAUUGCAGCCACUAGUGGUCUUGGAUAGGAGAAUAAAGAAGAAGGGAAACCGAGCUAUCACGGAAGUACUCAUCCAAUGGCGACAUACCAAUCCCAAAGAUGCUGUUUGGAAGGAACUUUAUGCAGUACAACAACAAUUUCCAAAUUUUGAUUGGAAUUCUAAUAGGCCUUGA